AGCGCCGCCGCCAUGACCGAGGAGCUGUACGAGAAGUUCCUGGCGCCGGACGAGCCCUGCCCGCGCGGCGGUCUCAGUCUGAGCGAGGAGGGCUGCCUGGACGGUAGCGACUUCGGCUGCCAGCUCUCGUCCUGCCACCGCACCGACCCGCUGCGCCGCUUCCACUCGUGCAGGUGGAACUUGACUUCUUGUGGAACAAGUGUUGCCAGCUCUGAAUGCAGCGAAGAGCUCUUUUCAUCUGUGUCAGCUGGUGACCAGGAUGACUGCUACUCUCUACUGGAUGAUCAGGAGUUCACGUCUUUUGAUCUGUUCCCAGAAGGUAGUGUGUGCAGUGACGUCUCCUCUUCUAUUAGCACAUACUGGGAUUGGUCAGACAGUGAGUUUGAAUGGCAGUUGCCUGGCAGCGACAUUACAAGUGGGAGUGAUGUACUUUCCGAUGUCAUACCUAGUAUUCCCAGCUCUCCCUGUCUGCUUCCAAAAAAGAAAAACAAGCACAGGAACCUUGAUGAACUCCCAUGGAGUGCAAUGACAAAUGAUGAACAGGUUGAAUAUAUUGAAUACCUGAGUCGGAAAGUCAGUACCGAAAUGGGUCUACGAGAGCAACUUGAUAUCAUUAAAAUCAUUGAUCCCACUGCUCAGAUUUCACCAACAGAUAGUGAGUUUAUUAUUGAACUUAACUGUCUUACAGAUGAAAAACUGAAACAGGUGAGAAACUAUAUCAAGGAACAUGGUCCUCGCCAGCGGUCAGCAAGGGAAAGCUGGAAGAGAAGCAGCUACAGUUCUGCGAGUACCAGUGGGGUGAGUGGUGCAAGCGCCAGCAGCAGCAGUGCCAGCAUGGUCAGCUCAGCAAGCAGCAGCAGUUCUAGCGCCGGCAACUCUGCUUCAAACUCCAGCGCCAACAUGAGUCGGGCCCAUAGUGACAGUAACUUAUCCACGAGCGCGGCAGAAAGAAUCCGGGAUUCGAAAAAACGUUCUAAACAACGAAAGCUACAGCAAAAGGCUUUACGCAAGAGACAGCUGAAAGAGCAGAGACAGGCUCGUAAGGAAAGACUGAGUGGAUUGUUCCUCAAUGAGGAAGUGCUCUCUUUAAAAGUGACUGAGGAGGACCAUGAGGGAGAUGUGGAUGUUUUAAUGUGACGGGGGUGAAUUUAUCAGUGUUCUUUCUAAGCAUUAAAUGUUUUAUCAAUAUUGUUUACAUCCAUUUCCUGACCAAAAUUUUGAUUAGUGAUGAGUUAAUAAUAUACACAGAAUGCUCUAUCAGGUGCAAUUCUGAUAAUUUGAACGCUUAAAACUUUGAGUGAUUUGGCUUCUUCAGGCUAACUUUGCAAUUGAGGUUUCAGUGACUUUAACAAGCUGCUAAAAAUAUAUUGUCUUUUUAAAACAGCCACUGAAUUAGACUCUUACAUUACUUUGCUCUCAAGUAGGUUCCUCUGUUGAUAGGGUUCACAUUUAUUUGAAGACACUGAUACCUAAAGGCAAACUUCAAGGUGGACAAAACCUUCUUGUUCUGGCAAUCUCCUGUUUUAUCUUACUCUGUGUCUUCCCUUACUUUUUCAAGUAGGAAGGGUAUUUUGCGUGGAAAGAGGAUCUUUUUUUCUGAGAAUACUCUGCUUUGGCUUCACUCCAUACAAAAUUGGAAUACUGUAUGCAAUGUACAUUUAUAUAUUUUUAGCAAUGAUGGUUGUGAUUUAAAAAUUAUGACGUCAUGGGGACAGUAAGCAGGAACACGCUUCUAACCAACAAGGACCUAUCAUGCAAAUGUCGCCGAUAUCAACGUAGAAGCAGUCCGUUUCAGAAGUGGUGGCUCUUUAAGUAUUCAAACUUAGGCUAUAAACAGUUACCUUGCGGCUUAACAUUUUAUUAGUUGUUUUUUUUUAAUUCCUUUGGUAGUCUGAUGGCGCUACUAAUGGUUACUCAGUGUAUCCCAGUCUUGUUCUUAAAAGGAAAAAAAGCCAAAAAAUAAAUGUCUUCAUGUAUUAGGUGUACUAAUAUUUUCCGUUCAGUUGUGUAGGGCAUCUUUUAUAACCUUCAGAAAUGUUACUUGUAGCAGAACUAUGAACAAGUGAUAUGUAAACUUGUUGGUUUUUUCUUCAGCCAGAACUAGACUUAGAAUAUCUUUGGCUGCUGGCAAAAGAACCCAAUUAAUGCAGUUUUGCAUUUUAACUAAAUGUUGACAGUUUAUUUUUUCUGUCUUGCAGGAUAGUUUUAAGGUAAUGGAACAUCCUUAAUGCCAUUGCUGAUUUCUCUUGGAGACCGGCUUGAGCAGAAGUAAAAACAAUGUUACUGUCUUACUGUUUUGACAAUCUAUAAAAUGAGUUCUGACUUCAUUAUGGGAAUAUUUGUUGUAGGACUGGUAUUUUUGUUUUGUAUUCAGUUGUUACUAGUUCAUAUGAAUGCAGCUACGAGAGGUGAAAGGGGGCUAGAAUUGCUGGUUCUGAAUUCGGAAAGGUGACUUCUCUGAAUAUGUUGGUGCUUCAUGAAUUUUCUUUAGAGAACCUCUCACUUCGAUUUGACAACCAAAUUCUUUACCUCUGAUGUGGACCCAGAAAACAAGACUGAAGGAGAGGGCUCAGUGCCCCCUGUUACGAACGCACACGAGUAAUGUUGUAUAUGUGAGUAGCCCCAUAAAUUCAGGGGCAUAAAGUGCAUCGAGGACAGGGUCCUAAAUUAGUUCUGACAGUAGGGACACUAUUGUUUGACUUAAUUUUCCCAUAAGGCUCAGUGGGCUAGCAAAACUAAGUUUGGGAGAAGUCAUUUGGGAACGAAGUACAUAAGCAAUAAUGUUGCACUUGAGCUCACCCAUCAGUGGAAGCCAAAAGUAAGAAGUUAUGCCUGUUGGAGAGCUGCCUGCUACAGCAUCUGUGGAAGUAUUUAAGUGACAUAAGCAUAUUACUGCCCUGACUACAAAUCAUGGAACGUGGGGGCACCUGCGAGUUCUUGCAAAAUGCAUCCGAGAUCUGAAAUGUUUGCUAAGUGUGCUUAUUCCUUAAGUGUUAUGCAGUGUCAUAGGAAAGGGCCUCAAUAAGAGGCCCAGAGCCAAAACUAUUUGAUAUGAAAUCUUCUGUUCCUUUAAGUCUUCAAAAAUUGGAGUCAGUUGUGAUUACUCACUGUUUCCAGUGGCAAUGAGAACUUUGUGUAACCUUAAUUGUAUUUAUCAUUCAUAUACUGGCUAGUUUAUUUCUCUCUCAUCAUUCAAGUACCCUGGUCCCUUAUGACAGUUGGGAGGCUAUUUCUUGGUUAC